GGGGGUCCAGCUGAGUCGGGGGUGCUCAGCCCAUCUGCCCCUUUGCGUCAGCUUGCCCGGCCUUGGCGCAGUGCCUCCCGGUGCUGCUGCCGUGGCCGGGGGUGCUUUUGUGCCGGCGAGGGCUUCUGAGGACACGUUGGCUUCGGGGGGUCACGUGGGAUCCAAAACGGGGACGCGGGGCCGAGGAGCCCCGUCCCCGAGCACAGCCGCGGCCCUGGAGGGCGAGCGAGGAGCCCAGGUUUAGAGAGGGGGGCCUCCAGAUGUUGAGCGUGGGCAGAUGUUGCCGCAGCCCCCCCGGCGGGGUGGGGGAGCACCCAUCCAGCCCUGAUGGGUGGAGGGGCUGGGGGGAAGCCGCCCAGGCACCGUGUGCCGCGCUCCCGGGGCUCCCCAGGCGAUGCCAUGCCUGGUGUGGGGCUGGGGCUUGAGGUCUGUGGCCCCGGGGGGAACAGGGGAGCCCCGAGAGCGGGGUGUAAGCAGAGCUGGGCAGCCCAGGCGGGCAUUCCUGCCUCACGGCGAGGUGGGGGACGAGGGGCCCCCGCCGCGGCACAGCCGGUUAAUGCCUCACCGCGUCCACCGACGCCUCAUUUAACCACCUGCCUGCAAAACAACAGCUUGCCCGGAGCGCCCUGCCAGCCCAGGCUGCACCCUCCAGAUCAGGGACCCUUGUGUCCCCCCCCAAGGCCGGGGCAUCAGCUGGCCACGGGGCACGGUGACACAGGCUGCGGGACGUCGGGGGACACGUGGGGACCGUGCUGGGGGUCGCCAAGGGACAGGGCGUCCAUCCCCCAGCCCCUCUUGGGAUGGAGAGAGCAGCUGCGCUGUCUCCGGAGAGGGGACGAGCUCUGUCGCGGUCCCUCGGGGCUGGCACGGCACCCCAGGUGACCCCAUCCUCGGUCCCCGUGAGGGCAACGGGGCCCGGGGACGUCCUGCCCCGCUAGCCCAGCCCGCGGCUCUGCCCACGCCGCUCUCCCUCCGCCCCACGUCCCUCAUGCCCCGGGGAGGCUGCGCGAUGCUGUGGGUGCCGGAGGGGAACACGGCCACGGACAGGGACACAGCCACGGACGGGGACACGGCCACGGACGGGGACACGGCCACCAGCAAGGACUCGGUCACCGGUGGCUCUCCGGGCCCAGGGAAAGUGGCCAUCACACACCCAACGGGGUGGCACCGGGGGGCCACCGAGCCGGUGCGUGGCGGAAGGCGAUGGUCCCGGUGCCCAACGGCACGGCGAUGGCAUGGGCCGGCGAGGCGGCACGGCCGGAGCUGGAGCGGUCGCCCUGCAUGGUUGGCAUCUUCCCCGUCGUGUAUUACAGCGUUCUGCUGGGGCUGGGGCUGCCAGUGAAUGUCCUGACCGCCGUGGCCCUGUCCCGCCUGGCCACGAGGACCAAGAAAUCAUCGUACUGGUACCUGCUGGCCCUGACCACCUCCGACAUCCUCAGCCAGGUCUUCAUCAUCUUUGUGGGCUUCAUCCUGCAGACGGCCAUCCUGGCCCGAGCGGUGCCCAGCGCCUUCAUCCACACCGUCAACGUGCUGGAGUUCACGGCCAACCACGCUUCCAUCUGGGUCACCGUCCUGCUGACCAUGGACCGCUACGUGGCCCUCUGCCACCCGCUGCGGUACCGCGCCGUCUCCUACCCGCGGCGCACCCGCAAGAUCAUCGCGGCCGUCUUCGCCGUGGCUCUGGCCACGGGCAUCCCUUUCUACUGGUGGCUGGACGUGUGGCGUGACGCCGACCCCCCCACCGCCCUGGACACGGUGCUCAAGUGGGUGCACUGCGUCACCGUCUACUUCUUGCCCUGCAGCAUCUUCCUGGCCACCAACUCCAUCAUCAUCCGCAAGCUGAAGCGGCGGAGGCGUUCGGGGGGCGGCCGACCCCACCUGAGCAAGACCACGGCCCUCCUCCUGGCCGUCACCACCGUCUUCAUCGUGCUCUGGGCUCCCCGGACCGUCGUCAUGAUCUGCCACCUCUACGUGGCCUCGGUCAAGAGGGAUUGGCGCGUUCACCUGGCCUUGGACAUCGCCAACAUGGUGGCCAUGCUCAACACCACCUUCAACUUCUUCCUCUACUGCUUUGUCAGCCAGACUUUUCGCCGUACGGUGGGUGAGGUGCUCCGAGCCCACCUCCGGCACGGCCCCCGGCCCGGCAGCGGCCGCUUCCCACCCCCGGCCCUGAAACCGCUGGAGCUGCUGGCCGGCACGGCCCUCUGAGCCGGGGCUGCUCGGCCAGGGGUCCCGGGGCUCCCCCAGCCCCCUGCAUCGCACCCGGACCCGGUGAGACCCUGCCCCGGGGCCGCUGCCGCCGCGAUCCCACCCUCGGGGGUUAACGUGGGUGCUGGUGGUGGUGACAAGAGGAGGCGGUUGGUUGUGCCCAGCCGGCUGGUUGUGUUUGUUUGGGGACCUCAGGCUGCCCGGUGGUGGCACCCGCUGCACCCCAGGGACCCCUGCCCAUGCUCAGCCCCUUGGGGUGCGCAGCGUUCAGCACACCCCACCCUCCCCCUCCAAGAAACAGCCACGGGGCAGCCAGAACGUGCCCCAGCUCAGUGGCAGGAGCCACUGCCCGCCCCUCAUGUGCCCCCACGCUGGGCUCCUCUCCAGCCCCGUGGCCGUGGGGUUCGUGGGGUUUCCACGGGCAGGGAGUGUGACCGCGCUCCCGGCUGCUCUCCUGCAUCAGCUCCAGCCCGACGCACCGAAGGUCCUGGGGGAAGCCAGAGGUCCCGGCUGCCCCGUGGUGGGGGGUGACGGGCGCAGGUGAGCUCCCGUGGGCCCCGGCAAGGACGUGCUGGGUGUGGGUGGGAUGGUCCUUCCUCCAUAAACCGCCACGCUGAGGCCAAAACUCUGCCUGGGUCCCGUUCCCUGCGAGCAGCCGGGAUGGGGGCACCCUGCCCCAGCACCCCUGGGCACAGGGUCCCCGUCUCAGCCCUGCCCACCCCGGUGCUCCUGCUUGGGUGGGUGCUGGGAGGGAGCACCCACGGGGUCCAGCGUCCCCAGUGGGGUUUGGGCUCACGGUAAGACCCCAGCUCCGGGCUCUGCAGGAACUGGCCCCCACCCAUUAUUCUCCCAGAGCCUCCCCGGAGAGCCACCCUGCAAUCCCCCGGGCACCCUGGGUGCACCCCAGCACAAGGCUGCAGCAACAGCAUCUCCCACCGGCUGCAAAAGAGGGGGCUCACGAUGCACCCCCCCCCGCCCCCUGCCUCAAGUGCACCCAGCACCGGCGCGGCCCUCCCGGUUACACCAGUGCCAAACUGGUGCGGCGCUGGGCGAGCGGCCGUGCUGUGUCUGUCCCCAACUGCCACCAGAGGGCAGGGACGGGACACCCUGCAGAGCUGGGCCCCCCAGCCCCCCUCACCAGCCCUGCCCGUCCUGCUCUCCACCCUAAUUCCUCCGUAAGGCCCUUGGUGUAAUCCCCCCCCCUCCCCGCCUCAAAAAAAAAAAAAAAAAAAAAAACAGACCAGCCUUUCUGCUUUAAUUCCCCAGAGACC